UCAUUGUGAUAUGUAUCGUAGUCUGGGAUGGUAUUCCGACGCAGGAAGCCGACAGCGUCUACCGGAUGCUGUCGGUCAAACUGAACAAAUACGGUCUUCCAACGGUACGUCGCUGUGCGACAAACGAGAACCGAACCUGCGCUUGUCAGGGUCUCGAUCCGGAAACUUGUGGAGUCUCGUACAGCUUUGGCUGCAGCUGGUCUAUGUACUAUAAUGGUUGUAAAUAUGCACGCUCCAAAACGGUACGCAAAUUCCGUUUGUCUGUGAAGAAUGAAGAAGCAGAGAUCGAGGAACGAAUGAACAUCUUGGCGACGAUGUUGAGUCCGCUGUACGUAACGGUUGCACCACAGGCCUUCCAAAACCAGGUCCAGUACGAACGGGAAGCACCCGACUGUCGGCUGGGACUGAAGCCCGGAAAGCCCUUCUCAGGUGUAACCUGUUGUUUGGACUUCUGUGCCCACACGCAUCGAGACCUUCACAAUAUGCAGGAUGGAUGUACCGUGCAGGUAACGUUACUGAAACCACUACCACCAGGCGUUAAAGCUGACGACGAACAACUGCAUAUACUUCCGCUUUACACAAUGGAUACUACUGACGAGUUCGACAGUGAAGAAGGCCAAAAGAAAAAGGCCGAAAGCGGAGCCGUACAAGUGCUGGAGAAAUUCGCAACUGAAGUCCGAGUACGAUCAACACCGCUUCAGCCAUGCCGGCGGCACGGUAAGAAGCGAGGUAACGGCAAAGACGAGAAGACAAAGGAUGACUCCAACAAUGAGGAAUCUGUGCCAGAAACGCCGCCACCUCCUCCGCCUCCGACGAAAAAGGAGAGUAAAUCUAAGAGCAAGAAAGGUUCGAAUUCAAGCGGCAACAACAGUGGUAACGGAAGUAAUAGCCAGAACUCUUCUGGCUCCGGCUCACCAAAAGGCCAAAGCUCGAAUAGCAACAGCACAAAAAACAGUGGCGAUCCUAACGGUAACGGUAAUAAUAGUGCGACAAAUAUCAACAAACCACCCACUCCGCAAGGACAGCCGACAGGCAACAAUGGGUCAAACAGUGCGUUCACUCCACCAAACGCAAUUACCUCGCCAAACAAUGCAGGUAACAGUACCCUCGUAGAUAUGUAA